AUGCUUCCCCUGCUCUUCCCACUUGGGUUGUAUGCCACUGUCGUGUCCGCAACAUUCAUCGGUAUCACAUCAGGAGGUGCAGAGUAUGUCGAAAUUAGCGACUGCUCCAAUUGGCGCGUAGCAAACGCGAACGGCACUCUUUCAUUCGAUGCAACAGUCCCAGGCCUCAUCCAUACGGAUCUAUAUGCUGCUGGUAUAAUUGCAGAUCCCUUAUAUGGAGAUAACUUUGCCACACAAGACUGGAUUGCAGCCGACAAUUGGACGUACUCACGAAAACUACCCGACACGGCACCGUCUGGCAAAAAGUGGACGGACUUCCGCCGAGUCUAUCUUGUAUUCGAAGGACUGGAUACUAUCGCCACCGUCAACUUAGGCGGAGAAUUCGUAGGGUUUGCCAACAACCAAUUUCGUCAAUGGGUCUUCGAUGCAACCUCCUUUCUCACUACUUCAUCAGAGCUGGAGGUUAAAUUUCAAAGUGCGAUUCAAUAUGCUCUCUAUCAGCAGGAUACUCAUGAUCAACCAUACACCCUGUUCACCAAUUAUGGUGACGUGUAUCCAUUCGGAAGGGAGUUCAUCAGAAAAAUCCAGUCAGAUUUCGGAUGGGAUUGGGGUCCUCAUUUUGCGCCACAGGGAAUCUAUAAACAAGCUUAUUUAGUCGGCCUCGAUGAUGGAAUCGCGAUAACGAACACAUUCAUCGACAUCUACAAAGAUAAUCAACGUCCCAACGACAUCUUCUUUGAGGAAAACUCUCCCUGGACAGUCAAUGUCAGUAUAGAUUAUUUAUCAGCUGGAUGCCAGGAAUCUGCAAUCCUCGGUAUCGAUAUAGGCGGUCACAAUGUCUCCACUCCAGCCUUGAAAAUCCGAGAUGGGCAUGGUAGAGUAGGAACAAGUCUGACCAUCGCUGAUGGUGAUGUCGAGCGUUGGUGGCCUUGGGAGUUCGGUACACCACAUAUGUAUAAUGCAAGUAUAUGUCUACAACUCGAUGCAGGGGCUCAGAUAGACUUUGUCCAACGAACAGCCUUUCGCACCAUUGUAAUGGAUCUGACGCCGUAUAAUGAUCGACCUGGCAAUCAUUUCAGCUUUCGUAUCAACGGACACCGGUUUAACACCAAAGGCAUCAACAUGGUCCCUAUAGAUCCGUUCGAGCAGCGCGUCAAUGAAGCAUGGGCUCGUCGGCUGCUCGAAGCUUCUGUGGCAUCCAAUUACAACAUGAUCCGACUAUGGGCUUCUGGAAACUACUACCCGGACUACCUGUAUGAUGUCGCAGAUGAACUUGGCAUUCUACUCUGGUCAGAUUUCCAAUUCAGCGACAAUUAUUACCCUGUGUGGCCAGAGUUCCUAGAGAACGUGCAGGAGGAAGUCCGAUAUCAAAUGCGCAGGCUCAAUCAUCACCCAUCAUUGGCUGUAUGGGCCGGCGGCAAUGAGAUGGAACGCUAUGCAGUGCGAAUGCAAGCCCGUAACGAGACAUAUGGCGAAGCUUGGUUCGACAACUACACAACCCUUUUCGUCGAUACUAUCUGGCCCGAAGUCUACCAAAACACGCGCUCAAUUUCAUGGCUGCAGGCCAGUGACACUCAGGGCUACGAGUCUUAUGAUUCAAGCACCGGAGUCUGGAUCCCAAAAUAUACCGACCAAGAUAGCUAUGGCAACCGGUUCGUUGGGCCGCAAGAGGACUACUAUCUGAAGGUUAACGAGGUUUUCAACAAUUCCGUAGUGCUAGGCGGACGCUUUGUUGUUGAGUACGGGAUGUUCAGCUGGGACUCCUACGAAUCGUACCGCACUGUGCUCCCCGAGUCCGAGCUUGUUGCCGAUGGCGAAGUUCUUCUCUCGCGCUGCUACGACGGCGGCCCAACCGUAUAUCCAGAUACCAUUGCGGCCUUGCAAACAUUCUACGGCACCCCGACCGUCAAGGAUCCCACAUCAUACUUCGACCAAGUCACAUGGUUAUCCCAGAUCUAUCACGCUGAAAUCCUUAAGUUCAAGACCGAAUCCUACAGACGCGGCAUCGGCCUACCCGAAAACAACCUUGGUGCUCUUGUAUGGCAACUGAAUGCCCCGUGGACCACUUUGGCUCUCAACACGAUCGAGUAUACUGGCCGAUGGAAAGUGCCCCAGUACAUCACGCAACAGAUUUUCUCGCGUGUGGCCGUCAGCUCAUGGUUCGAGCCUUCAAACAACACGUUCAAUAUCUGGAUGGCGUCCGACCUCUGGACGGAAUGCCAGGGCACAGUCGAAGCCACGUGGGCGACUUGGGCCGGCGAGACCGUAGAGACCACGACACACGACUUCACACUAGCGAACAUGGCAAGUGGUGAAGUAGUUCAGAAAACUGGCUGGGAGACCAUCCUGCCACAAGGCUACGACUCGUCUGACGUGGUCCUUCUGCUCAAGGCGACUGCAACAGACGGUGAGGGCAAGCAAUGGGUUCAUGAGAACUUCUGGGUGCCCAAUCAGCUCGUCAAUGCGACGCUGCAUGACCCAUGUCUCGAGCUGAAAAGGACCGGGGACGGAAAGUUCACGGUCACGGCGAACAAUGCUACUGCGGCAUAUGUAUGGCUGACGGAGCCUGCUGGUGUGGUGGGCUUCUUUGACCAGAACGCGGUGUUCCUUGCGAAGGGAGAGACGAGGACUUUCAAGUUUAUAGUUCAGAAAGAUGAGACUGAUGGCGUGUGGCAAGAUGGAGUCAAGGUGAGAAGUUUCUGGGAUAACUUCGAGUGACGGUCCAUGUGCAUAGCUUUGAAGCGCUGUGAUUUACACCAAGGCAACAACAAGAGACCUCGAGGCUCAGGAC